CGAUGUAUGGGCCUCCGGAAGUUGCGGGGCGCUAACGACAACGCCCCAUGGCCGAUGUAUGGAAAGAGAUACGGCACGUGGUUUUCCCUGGGGAUAACUUGUCGGCGGCGGGCUCCCUCCACAUCCAUGGAAGCGUGCACUGGUUCUGCGCGCUUCUCUGGACACAAAGCCAAGCUGCAGGAGCUAUUGUCGCUGCCUCUGCGCCAGUUGGAGUUGUUGGGAGAAUGGCCUCCACUCGCGGCAGGUCAGGGCUGUCAGACGUUGCCGCCUCGCACUAUGUUCGCCUCCAUGACGGGCAGUCCAACGCUGCCAUCGACUCGGUGGGUGCAGGUGGGAUCGGUCUGCCGUUCGCGGAAGGGGCGAUCUGCUGUGCCAGUGAUACACUGCACACAGUCAGAUGGUAAUCACCAAGUGGAGGGCAGCAGACUGUUAACUCACCGGAUACGAUCGAAAGGUUGUCGUCUCUUGGGGGGCAUGGUGACGGAUGACGCCACCAUCGACUCAUACGUCGGGUACUCUCGCAACAUUCUGGUGUCGCCGCGACAGUUUCACGUGUGGAUGGGCAUCGAGAAGACAGCCAACGUCAGACUCAAAGUGUUUACGGACAAGGCGGUGCUCACGAGGGCGAAGCUCGCGCAGAAGAGGGAUAGACGAUGGCUUGGCGAUCUCACAGGAGGGGACCUGCUGCCUCCAGGUAAUGCCGAUGAGAAGGGUCUUUGGGAAGGGAGAGAUGGCAGCAGCAAUGGGUCCGCAGUGAUCGCCAUGACAGACGAAGAGAGAGCUGCAUACAAGGAGACGAAGCUGAAGUUACGGAAAGCGAUGGGAGAGAAUCUGUACGAUGGCGUCGAGGGUGAGGAUGAGGACUCAAGGCAAUGGCGGCCCAAUCUUCUUCGUGACGUCGAGACGUGAAACUCAGCUGCUCCUCCCACACCUGCGAAAGCUGCAACAUAUG